GCCUCGGCCCAGUUUAAACGGGUGAAGCUUUGUCAAUGACCGUAUCUCUUCGGAGAGGAUUAAUGCAGCCUGAAGGUGGAGUAAAAAUUGUGAAGGUUUGUGGCGGACGGCAGAGUAAUCCUUUGAGCUCUCGGGGAGACAGACAGAGAGCUGGAUGGGGAUGUCGAACUCCUUGCUCUCGGAUUUGGCUCAUUUUUUGAGAAACUGAUGGGCUGAAGGACAUUUUCCCCAAUAAAGGGACGUUUGGUGAAGACUAUUUAAUGGCAAUAUUUGAGACGGAGCUACUCAUCCUCAGGGAACAGAAAUGGUGCACAAACUUCUGCUGCCCCUCGCUUUAGCAGCAAGCCUCAUCUCACCUGAUCUGUCAGGUGCCAGAGCUACCAAAACAAAAGCUCAAGUGAAGAACAACUCAGGUGUGACACCAGCAGGGCAGUGUGGGACGUGGGUUAAAGAGUCUGAGGGAGGGUAUUUCACUUCACCCAACUACCCUGAGAAAUACCCGCCUGAGAGGGAAUGUGUCUACAUUAUAGAAGCCUCUCCCCGACAGUGCAUCGACUUGUUCUUCGAUGACAAGUAUUCCAUCGAGCCGUCCUGGGAGUGUAAGUUCGACCACAUCGAGGUCCGCGAUGGGCCCUUUGUUUUCUCUCCCAUCAUUGGCCGCUUCUGUGGGCAGGAAAGCCCCGCGUAUGUCCGCUCCAGUGGGAGGUACCUGUACAUCAAGUUUGUGGCUGAUGGAGAACUGGAGGCCAUCGGUUUCUCUGCCCGGUAUAACUUUACACAAGAUCCAGAGUUCAAAGGGGUUGGGGAACUGCCAGCUCUGCCAUUUUGUGAAUUUGAGCUGAACGGACCGGAAGGCUUUGUGGAGUCCGCCCAGAUAGCCGCAGAGAGCCGGGCGCUGCUGACUGAGGCCGUAGACUGCAGGUGGCACAUCAAGGCGCCACCAAGAUCCAGGAUCUACAUGCGUUUCCUGGAGUAUGAGAUGCACAACUCGAAUGAGUGCAAGCGUAAUUUUGUUGCCAUCUAUGACGGCAGCAGUUCAGUUGAGCACCUGAAGAAUAAGUUCUGCUCCACAGUGGCCAAUGAUGUGAUGCUGGUGUCCUCUGUGGGCGUGGUGAGGAUGUGGGCAGAUGAAGGAAGCAGGAAAAGCAAAUUCAGGAUCCUCUUUACAACUUUCCAUGAGCCUCCGUGUGAUAGUGGAACUUUCUUUUGCCAUAGCAACAUGUGCAUCAACCAAACCCUGGUUUGCAAUGGUAUCCAAAACUGUGUUUUUCCAUGGGAUGAGAAUCACUGCAAAGAGAAGAGGAAAGCCAGCAUCUUGGACACGCUGGAUAACACUAACCUCGCUAUCAUUGGAGUAACCUGUGGCCUGGUUGUCAUCCUGCUUAUCAUCUCUGUCAUCAUCCAGGUCAAACAGCCUCGCAAGAAAUACAUCAUCCGCAGAGAUGACUUUGACCCUGCCCUCCUCCACCCUGGUUUUGAGCCUCCUCACUAUGAGCUCUGCACUCUGCGCCGCACCCCAUCCGGCGAACUCACUGAUGCCGCCCUGGCUGAGGACUUUGAGAAUUUCCACAAGCUCCGGCGCUCCUCCUCUAAAUGCAUCCGCGACCACCAUUGUGGGUCUUUCCAUGGGAGCAUGCAUGGCAGUGUCCACGGUAGCCGCAGUAAUCUGAGCAUGAGGGACGCCACCAUCUCGGCCGAUGGGGGGGCUCUUGUGCCGCCGCCGAUGUCGCCGCCGAUGAUGGGCCUGCAGUCAUCACGCCUCUCCCACCACACCACACCAGCAGGUCGAAGGAGCAUGAUGGUGAUGAAGCAUAGCUAUUCUCAGGACGGGGCUGAGGGGUACGGGGAGGAGGAGGAUGAGGAGGAUGACUUGAUGAUGGAUGAUGGUCCCACCACUAGCCAGCACCACAUGCACCACCAUCAAAUCCACCAUGGCACAUCGGGGCUGGACCACACUGUCCACCGUACACUGUCUAAUGAUUUCUAAUUCUUUUAGUGAUGAUGUGUUUAACUCAUUGGCAUUAAUGGUGAUGUUUGCAGAUCUUUUUAGUGUUUCUUUGUCCCAUAUUACAAAUUAAAUGGAAGUUUUACAUUAUAUACAAAUAGAGUGGACUGGAGCUGGUGAAACAUACACUAGUAAUUAUAAUAAUAAAUACCCCUCCGCCAACGAGUUUAAGAGCAACUGUUGCAGGUUACAUCUUGAAUAAUACAUUGCUGUCAGGAUUUUACCAAGAUCAUCACAUCCUCACUCAUUCAUAUGGAUCACAUUUCCUUUUCUUCCAUUUUUUGUUCCUUGUUAAAACUCUGGGGUAGAACAUAUUUAUGACUGCAUUAUAUUUGAGAUUAUUUUAUAGAUAAUUAAUGAGUCAUCAUCUUUCCAAUAUGUUUGGACAUUAUUGCACCACCAAAGCAAAUGUUUCACAAAUCUUAGGCUAUUCCUUUUCCUCCAACCAAGAUGUUUUUUUGUGUUGAGCACAGGUCCAGAAUCAAAAAGGAAAAGACAGAUAUUUCAUGCAAAAUACUUUUUUGCAGAUACCCAGUGGGCUUGAAAUUUAUGAAAUUUCUGAUAUCUUGAAAUUCCUGUUGCUGUGUAAAUAUAACAUAUAUAAAAUAUAAGAUAUAUUAUUUGUUUGUUUGGGAGUAUUUAUUAUUGAUUAGGCCUAUGUGUUUUUCAAUGUGGUAUGUCCCUGGGGUGUUUAUCUGGGUGAUUUAUUUCUGUUGAUUUUAUGACUGUCUCUAUUUAUUCAUUUCAUUAAACAUUGUUUUCCUUUACUCUGCA